AUGGCCGCCACCGCGGGCCCCCGCAAAGACGACGAGAUGGCGUUCGCCGACGCCUACGAGCUCGGCACCAUCGAGCGCCGCGUGAAGAUCGACGACCGCAAGAGCACGGACAAUUGUUUCAAGGUCUUCUUCUGGCUCUGCGUCCUCUCCUUCGUCGGUACGAGCAUCUGGCUCGGGAUCGGCGGCCACGCGCGCUACGACCUCGACAAGAGCGGCGAGAUCGACGGCGUGUCGGACCACUACCUCUCGGACGCCAAGGCCUGCUGCGACAACGCGGGGGGCGACUACUGGAAGGAGUCGACGGUCUGCUACGAGAUGUACGACGCGGGCCAGUGGUCCCCCGCGGGCCGGCGCCUCGAAUCGCGGCGCCUCGGCGACAAGAAGAAGCCCAGGCCCGACAACAUCUGGGAGGGCUUCGGCCUCCACCCGGAGAUCCCCGUGACGCUCGUCUGCGUCGUCAUGGUGCUCUGCCUAUCCUUCGUCAAGCUCAUGGAGCAAUUCGCGAAGACGGUGCUCUUCGGGGCCUACUUCCUCGAGAUCGGCUUCCUGCUGGGGCUCGGCAUCUACGACUUCGCGCGGGCGUCCGAGGCGACGUCGACGGCGAUCAUGUUUCUUAUUUUCGGCGUGCUCCUCGCCGCCUACGUCUUCUACGUCCGCGCGCGCAUCGCGUCGGCCGCGGAGACCGUGGCCGCGGCGGCGCACUCGCUGCUGCUGAUGCCGUCGCUCCUGGGCUUCGUCUUCGCGUGGCUCGCCGUGUCCGCGGUGCUGAUCCUCGUGCUGAUCCUCGUCGCUUCCGCUGCGGGGAACCACAGCAAGCUCGAGGAGACGAAGCACGACAUCGAGGCGGGCUACACCGUUAUCGGCGAGUGGUCCGAGUGCGAGUUCGUCGCGAGCGACGCGGCGAACAACGCCCUGGGCUGGUGCUACGUCGUCUGGUGCUGGACGUGGUACUGGGCGUCGACGACGCUCAUGUUCUUCGUCUCCGGCUGCGUCGCCCAGCACCACUUCGACGCGACGGCCCCCGAGGGCGACGCGGCGGCGUCGUUAUCGACGCUGCCCUGCACGCUCGCGAAGCUCGCGCUGACGACGAGCAGCGGCACGACGUCGAAGAUCGCGCUCGUCUUCGAGUUCAUCGCCUGGCUCCGCAAGAAGGCCAAGGUCUCCUGCUGGAACUUCGCGAGCCCCUUCUUCUACGUCGCCGUGCUGCUCAAGUGCUGCGUCUACUCGUGCCUGCGCCUCCUGACGAAGUUCGCGCUCAUCUUCCACGUCAUCACGGGCGACGCGCUCUGGUCAUCCGGCAAGCGCACGGCGAAGCUCGUGCGCAAGGCCGGCGUCGACGCCAUGGUCCUCGAGACGACGGCCAUGAACGCCUUCGGCCUGCUGGCCUACGGCCUCUCGCUGAGCGUCGCGUGCCUCUGCUGGUUCUGGAUGGGCGACGUCUACGACAAGGACACGUCGUUGGAGGACCUGGUCGGCUCCGGCACGGGCACGCUCGUCGGCACGCCCGUCGUCGGCGCGGACGACGGGUACGCGGUGGGCUCGUAUGUCGGCUCGGACGUGGGCAUCAUCGUCGGGUCCAACGUCGUCGGGAGGUAA